AUGUCGUCUUAUCCCGAUGAUGCCAUUAGCAUUCGAAAGCCCUUCAAAGGGCACACCAAACCCGUGCAUGGAGUUGCCUACAGCCCAGAUGGCACCUUGAUUGCGUCAGCCUCCGCGGAUACGACAAUCCAGAUAUGGAACUCAAAGACUGGUCUGCUGAUCGGAAAGCCUCUGGAGGGUCACAAUGGCCCGGUCAGCUCCGUCGAUUUCUCUCCCGAUGGCCACCAUAUACUCAGCGGAUCACUGGACAAAACCCUUCGCGUUUGGGAUAUUUCGACGCAGACGUGUGUCUGGGGGCCGAUGAAGGCAUGUAAACAGUUCAUCUCUGCAGCUUAUUACUCCCCGGAUGGAGACCUCAUCGCUAGCACGUCUGAGGAGCAGUCAGUACGGCUUUGGGACGCAAGAUUGGGGGAGUCCUCCAAGACUCUGCAGCACCAAGGGGGAAUGGUUAGACGUGCAAUCUUUUCCCCCUGCGGAAGACGGAUCGCAACCGCUUGCAACGAUAAACUGGUACGGGUAUGGGACACCGCCUCAUGCCAGCUUGUUUUCCCGCCGCUCGUUGGGCACAAGUCGGAGGUAUGGGCGAUAGCGUAUUCUCCUGACGGUCUCUUGCUAGCAAGCGGGGGUCGGGACUGGACCAUCCGUUUGUGGAAUGCCCAAACUGGUACUCUAAUCAAAGGCCCUUUGAAGGGACACCAAAUUGGUUUAUCCGACCUCGCGUUUACGCCCGACGGACAGACGCUUAUCAGCAUGUCACGUAGAAGUUUACGCGCUUGGAAUCCACUGACAGGCGACUGUCUUUGGGGUCCUAAAUAUAGCGACACGAUCCUCUGGCGCAUCUCCAUUUCUCCGACGCAUCCUACCGUCGUACACGGAAGAGGUCCUGAACUGUGGACUCGAAGGAUAGUUUCUGGUGGACUCGCUCUUCCCGAAGGGCUUGAUUCGACGCCUUCCAAAGGAGACCUAAUGUUUACACAGUGGGGCUCGACAUCACUAGCAUGGUUUCCAGACGGAUCGCACUUUGCAAGCGCGGGAGAAGACCACAUUAUCAGAGUAUGGAACGCGAAAACGGGGGAAGGAUCGAUCGACGCUUUAGCCCAUCACACCGACAGCGUCACCUCUAUCGACAUCUCUCCCACGGGAUCAAUGUUGGCUAGCAGCUCUCAAGAUCGGAAUAUUUGUCUCUGGAGUUUGGAUACCAAGACGCUCGCCGCAGAUCCUAUGAUCGGCCACACCAAAGAAAUCACAGUUAUCAAGUUCACUCCCGAUGGUUUCCAUCUCAUCAGCGCUAGUACCGAUCGCACAAUACGUGUAUGGGACGUACAGGCUGCCGCUUUGCUUCACGUCAUUAAAGGACACAAGGGCGCUAUCUACUCUCUCAGCGUUGAUACAGGCAGCUCAAAGCUGGCAAGCGGGUCAGAAGACGGAACGGUGCGCGUUUGGGAUAUCCAAACGGGCUCUGUGAUAGCGGGGCCGUUCGGGCACGAUGAUGACGUGCUGUCGGUUUGUUGGUCCCCCGAUGGAGACUCUAUACUCACUAGCUCAGAAAAUACUGCGCGGGUAUGGAGCGUCUUCAAGGGCGAGCAACUCCUCACCGUCAAUCAUGAGACUCCUGUGCGCUGUGUACAGUACGCCCCCGAUUCUCAGACAUUCUUGAGUGUCGUAGACCGCAAGAUUUCCAUAUGCGACGCAAUAACUGGCGAGCACGUCCGGUCUCUCGGGCACGACGACGAAGUCUGUAGUGCUUCCUUUUCUCGGGAUGGGUCACGGGUUGCAAGCGGGACUCAGGAUGGGUACAUCCACGUGUGGGAUGCUAAAAGUGGAAAGCGGCUCUUGGGCAAAGGUGUGGAUGACAAUUGCGAAGAAGGUCACUCUAUCCAGGGUAAUAGAGGGAACGAUCGAGAGCGAUAUUACGAAUCUGACGAAAGCGUCAUGAACGUGAGCCAUGCUGCCCUUCGAAUAUUUAGCUUUGAAUCCGAUUAA